UUCUGAUUAAGCAGCUGUGCUUCAACCACAAGUCCUAAGAAAACUCAGCGGCAGAAUCUCCUUAAACAGACAACAGAGGAUAAACAUAAAACAGGGUUGACAGAUGCAACCUGCUUCAAUAAUUGCAGGAGAAAUGAAAACAGAAUCAGUCUGUUCCCUAUUAAAUCUGGACAACCUGAAUAAUCAGAGGCAUUAUUCUUUGAGAGGAUGUCCAGAGCUGACUGGGGUUUUCUGGAGCACCUGCUAGAGGAAGGUCAGGAGUACUCGACUGGCGUGGGGCGAGUGUGGCUAACCGUGCUCUUCCUCUUCCGCAUGCUUGUGCUUGGCACAGCUGUCGAAUCUGCAUGGGACGACGAACAGUCUGACUUUGUCUGCAACACCAAACAGCCUGGCUGUGAGUCCGUCUGUUAUGACAAGGCCUUUCCCAUCUCCCACUUCCGUUUCUUCGUUCUGCAAGUCAUCUUCGUCUCAGCACCAACCAUUUUCUACUUUGGCUAUGUGGCCCUGAGGACUAGAAAUGAAAAGAGGUCAGAAGGUAAGCCAGAAGAGGAGGGGAGAACACAGAGACAUAGUAAAACCAACGAGUUUAAGCUGGAGGUAAUAAGGGAGGAAGACGAAGUGAGCAACGAGAAGGAAAUGGAGAAGAAUCACAAACCUCAAGUCCCUUCAAAGAUCAAAGGGAAACUGCUGUGUGCUUAUGCGACCAGCCUUGUGCUAAAGAUUCUCAUAGAGAUUGGCUUCAUUUUGGGUCUAUGGAUCCUUUAUGGGUUCGUAAUCAAGGCCAAGUACGAGUGCGAGAGGUUUCCCUGUCCUCACACGGUGGACUGUUUUGUCUCACGACCCACAGAAAAAACAAUCUUCACCAUAUACACGCAGGUCAUUGCCGCAGUCUCUGUUCUCCUCAAUGUUGUGGAGCUUCUCCAUCUGCUUCAGCUAGCUGUAAACCAUCGACUAGAGAAGAGAUAUCAAUGCGAGGAGGAGAUUAAUAAACUUAUUAGAGCGACUUCUUCUAGAAAAGGAUCAGCUAGAGCUCAAAUACCAUCAUUUGAGGGGAAAAAACAUCUCUUUCUUCCUGUGGCGCAUGACGGCUACCCUACAUCAGGGUUAGACUGGGAUAAAAGAGAUCCUCCUUUAACAGAGGACAUGAUCCCUAGCUACAUAAAGUGCAUGAACAAUGUGAAAUCUGCCAUAACUAAAAACAAUCUUCAUAAAAAACAUCACAGGACUGAAGAUAAACUGAGACAUUAUGUAUGAGGAUUACAAAAUGAAAACCAAGGCUUGCGUAAAUGACCAUUAGUGGUUUACUGUGCAUUUGAGGGCCAUAACCUUUGUUUAGACAGGCAGGGAAAUGGGCUGUGCUUUGCGAUGAACUGCCUUUUGUGAUCUGUGGCCAGAUACGGGAGCCUCUCAAGUAGUGAUUCGUUUUUGAGAGGCUCAAGGUCAAGAAAUACUCAAACCACUGAGCCUAAGAGAAACAAGCACAAUGUCUAAAAACGCCAAAGUGAAAGUCUAGUGCUGAAAUGAAUGAUAGAUAUGGUACAGAUAAGGUAGUCCAUAAUGUACAGUAUUUAAGGCCAAAAUCAAAGUCAAACUAUACCAACCAAAUGUAUAUACAAUAUUUAAAAUCUAUUUAUGAAUUAAUUUCAUUUAAUAUUUAUUUUAAUGAAAAGAGUUCUGGUUCCAUUUUUGAAAAUGAUUAGGUCUUUGUUAGAUAUAUACAGUAUGUUGCGUUCACACCAUGUUGUUAUUACCGUUUAAGUUAUUCAAGUUAAAAAUGGUUACGCCACUCUUACAUUAAAAAUAAGGUGGAUAGACAAAUCCAAAAAUACAAGUACUUAAAAUGCCUUAAACUUUUUAUGUCUUUUGUUUAUUUUCAUAUUAUUAAGAUUCUCAGUCAGUAAUUAUUAAACAGAAGUAUCACAAAAUAACUGCAUUUUACAGCUGAAGCAGCUGCCAUUUUAGUGUUUGUAUAUGCUGCAGCGGUCGGGUGGCACAAGUC